AUGGAAGCUUCCUGGCGCCAGGUGGCCGGUGGCCGGGGCCGAGCCCGCGGCCGGGCCGCCGCGGCCCCCUCCCCAGGAGAUGGACCCCAUCUGCGCGGAGCCGGCGGCGGGCGGGAGAAGGGGCCGCUGGGCGCCGCCGCGCCCGGCCCCGGCCCCGGCCCCGCGGCCGCAGGGAGCGCGGCCCGGCGCAGCCCCGCGGGGCCCGGAGCGCCGCCGCCUUCCGCGGGAGAGCUAAUGGCUCAAAGGAAAUUUGAGGAAAUCAAGAAGGCUAAUCAAGCUGCAGCCAAAAAACUUGUUGAAGAACACUUUAGCUCUUCCUCUGAAGAAGAAGGAGAUGAAGAUUUGGAAGGAAAACAGGGAAGAAUAGUUGCUAAUACAUUUACAACUUACACUACUCAAACAGAUGGAGAUGUACGUGAAUUAGAGCGAACGAGACAGUAUUUAAAUGAAGCUUUUCAAGCAGGGGCUAUGACAUGCUUAAUUUGUAUUGCUUCAGUGAAGAGAAACCAGGCAGUUUGGAGUUGUUCAGGAUGUUUCUGUAUAUUUCACAUGCCCUGUAUCCAGAAGUGGGCUAAAGACAGCCAGUUUCUGGUAUCUUCUUUGACUGAUGACGAUUUUGGAAGGAGAGAUUAUCCCUGGCCUUGUCCAAAAUGUAGGUUUGAGUACAAACGAUCUGACACACCUAGUAGGUACUAUUGCUAUUGUGGAAAAGUUGAAGAUCCACCUUUAGAUCCGUGGCUUGUGCCUCAUUCAUGUGGCCAAGUAUGUGAAAGAGAAUUUAAACCUCCUUGUGGCCAUAAAUGUUUGCUCCUCUGUCAUCCAGGGCCCUGCCCUCCUUGUCCAAAGAUGGUCACAACUACUUGUUACUGUAAGAAAGCAAAACCCAUCCCUCGAAGGUGCAGUACCAAGGAAUGGUCCUGUCAGCAGGCAUGCGGGCGGAAGUUGCUUUGUGGACAACAUAAAUGUGAAAAUCCUUGUCAUGCAGGAAGUUGUCCGCCCUGUCCAAGAGUUAGUAGGCAAAAGUGUGUCUGUGGCAAACAAGUAACUGAAAGAAGCUGUGCAAGUCCACUGUGGCACUGUGAUCAAGUAUGUGGAAAAACCUUGCCAUGUGGUAAUCAUACAUGUGAGCAAAUUUGUCAUGUUGGUGCUUGUGGAGAAUGCCCUCGAUCUGGGAAAAGAUUCUGUCCAUGUCAGAAGUCAAAGUUUUCUUUGCCUUGUACAGAAGAUGUACCAACUUGUGGAGAUAGCUGUGACAAAUUGCUUGAAUGUGGAGUCCAUAGAUGUUCACAGCGUUGUCACCGAGGUCCUUGUGAAACAUGUAGACAAGAAGUAGAAAAGCAAUGUCGCUGUGGAAAGCAUACAAAACGAAUGCCAUGUCAUAAACCUUAUCUCUGUGAAACUAAGUGUGUCAAGAUGCGUGACUGUCAGAAGCAUCAGUGUAGGAGAAAGUGUUGUCCUGGAAACUGUACACCUUGUGAUCAAAAUUGUGGACGGACUUUAGGUUGUAGAAACCAUAAGUGUCCAUCUGUCUGCCACAGAGGGAGUUGCUAUCCUUGCCCAGAAACUGUAGAUGUGAAGUGCAGUUGCGGUAGUACAAAGGUGACAGUACCCUGUGGCCGAGAACGUACCACAAGACCACCCAAGUGUAAAGAGCUAUGCAGUCGCCCACCAACUUGCCAUCAUACAAGUCAAGAAAAACAUCGUUGUCACUUUGGCUCUUGUCCUCCAUGUCAUCAACCUUGCCAAAAAGUGUUGGAGAAAUGUGGUCACUUGUGUCCUGUUCCAUGUCACGAUCAAGCAUUAAUAAAGCAAACUGGCAGGCACCAGCCUACAGGCCCUUGGGAACAGUCUUCAGAGCCAGCAUUUAUUCAGGCUGCUUUACCUUGUCCUCCAUGUCAAGUUCCUAUUCCUAUGCAGUGUCUUGGGAAGCAUGAGGUGAGUCCACUCCCGUGCCAUGCUGUAGGACCCUACUCCUGUAAGAGAGUUUGUGGACGAACCUUAGAUUGUCAGAAUCAUAUGUGUAUGAAAGAAUGCCACGAAGUAACUGAAACUGAAGCCUGCAUUGGCAAAAAUAAGGCUGGUCCAGAAUGCCUCCAGUGUGAAGAAGGGUGCUCUAAACCACGGCCCGUGGGCUGUCCUCAUCCGUGUGUUCUGCCAUGCCACCCUGGAGAGUGUCCUCCCUGUGUUCAGAUGCUUAGAAUAAAAUGUCACUGCAAGAUCACAACCCUAUAUGUGGAAUGUAGAAAAAUAACCACAGCUGAUGUAAAUGAAAAGAACCGCCUCAGUUGUUGCAAAGAUCAGUGUCCUAAAGAGCUUCCUUGUGGUCAUAGGUGCAAAGAGAUGUGCCACCCUGGUGAAUGUCCUUUUAAUUGCAACCAGAAGGUAAAACUUAGAUGUCCUUGUAAAAGAAUUAAAAAGGAGUUUCAGUGCAACAAAGUACGUGAAAAUCAGAUUUCAAUAGAAUGUGAUGCAACGUGCAAGGAAAUGAAGCGGAAAGCCUCUGAGAUAAAAGAAGCAGAAGCCAAAGCUGCACUGGAAGAGGAAAAUCGAAGACGCCAGGCUGAACUGGAGGCUUUUGAAAACAGACUGAAGGGUCGUCGGAAGAAGAACAGGAAAAAAGAUGAAGUGGCAGUUGAGCCAACACUGUGGCAGAAGUAUAAAUAUCAUCUCCUCCCAGUGUGUGCAGUUUUGGUGUUAGGGUUUGCAUGGUACAUAGCCCCUGGUGCGGCUUAA